AAAAUUAAUAUGAAAGUGCCGAAAAAAUAAAUUAAAGCAACCACAGAAUCAGUGGUAAUAUAUUGACAAUUAAGUCAAAGUCAAAAUAAAGAGACUGGCAUAGAGAAUCCAUAAACUACACCAACUCUUGGACUUUGGACUUUCUAUCUGACCUGCCGCCAAGACUAAGGUUCACCAUAAAAAAACAGCCAUGGCAACCGUUGAAAAAAUCGAAAAUCAGCCCGUAGAACGCAAGGCAAAUCCAGUGAAAUCCUUUCUGACGGGAGGAUUUGGUGGCAUUUGCAAUGUGUUAUCUGGUCAUCCACUGGACACCAUAAAGGUGCGCCUGCAAACCAUGCCAAGGCCUGCACCUGGCGAGCAACCCAUGUACCGCGGCACCUUCGAUUGCGCUGCCAAGACCAUCAAAAAUGAAGGAGUUCGUGGUCUCUACAAGGGAAUGUCGGCCCCCUUAACUGGUGUGGCUCCCAUCUUUGCCAUGUGUUUCGCUGGUUAUGCUUUGGGCAAGCGUCUCCAGCAACGUGGCGAAGACGCCAAACUCACCUACUCACAAAUCUUUGUGGCUGGCUCAUUUUCGGGGCUGUUUUCCACUUUAAUUAUGGCACCGGGUGAACGUAUUAAGGUCCUACUACAGACCCAACAGGGUCAAGGUGGUCAAAGGAAAUACAAUGGCAUGAUCGAUUGUGCCGGAAAGCUGUACAAAGAGGGUGGCCUACGCAGUGUCUUCAAGGGCAGUUGUGCCACCAUGCUCAGGGAUUUGCCUGCCAAUGGUUUAUACUUUUUGGUAUAUGAGUAUAUUCAGGAUGUGGCAAAAUCAAGGUCCGAAACUGGACAAAUUAAUACGGCUUCGACCAUUUUUGCUGGCGGUGCCGCUGGCAUGGCCUAUUGGAUCUUGGGCAUGCCUGCUGAUGUGCUCAAGAGUCGUUUGCAAUCAGCUCCGGAGGGCACUUACAAGCAUGGCGUACGUAGUGUGUUCAAGGAUCUGAUUGUUAAGGAUGGGCCAUUGGCUCUUUAUCGUGGUGUUACACCCAUUAUGAUACGUGCCUUCCCAGCCAAUGCUGCCUGUUUCUUUGGCAUUGAACUGGCCAACAAUUUCUUUAAUAUUGUUGCUCCAAAUUUCUAAGUGCAAUUCACUAUAAAUAAUUUGUUUUGUUCUCUCUGGGAUGUAUAAUUUAAAAGAGAUUUGUUCAAUUUAAGUACGAAAGUCGUGUUAAAUAAAAUGUGUAUAUAUAAUUAUUUUGAUAAUGAA